CGACCCGACCCGAGGGCACCGACCCGACCCGGGACAGCCCCGACCCGGCGCCGCCCGCCCGCCGCGACCCCACCGGACCCACCGAGACCCCCCCCGGUGCCCCCGAAAUGUCCAACGCGCACUUCAACCGCGGCCCGGCCUACGGGCUGUCGGCAGAGGUGAAGAACAAGCUGGCCCAGAAGUACGACCCCCAGCACGAGCGGGAGCUCCGUGCCUGGAUCGAGGGGACCACGGGACGCCGGAUCGGGGACAACUUCAUGGACGGGCUCAAGGACGGCGUCAUCCUCUGCGAGCUCAUCAACAAACUGCAGCCGGGCUCGGUGCCGAAGGUGAACGAACCCGUCCAGAACUGGCACAAGCUGGAGAACAUCGGGAACUUCCUGAGGGCCAUCACGCGCUACGGGGUCAAACCCCACGACAUCUUCGAGGCCAACGACCUCUUCGAGAACACCAACCACACCCAGGUGCAGUCCACCCUCAUCGCCCUCGCCAGCCAGGCCAAGACAAAGGGGAACAACGUGGGGCUCGGGGUGAAAUACGCGGAGAAGCAGCAGCGGCGCUUCCACCCCGAGAAGCUGCGCGAGGGCAGGAACAUCAUCGGGCUGCAGAUGGGCACCAACAAGUUCGCCAGCCAGCAGGGAAUGACGGCGUACGGGACACGGCGACACCUGUACGACCCCAAACUGGGCACGGACCAGCCCCUGGACCAGGCCACCAUCAGCCUCCAGAUGGGCACCAACAAAGGCGCCAGCCAGGCGGGGAUGACGGCGCCGGGGACCAAGCGUCAGAUCUUCGAGCCGGCGCUGGGCAUGGAGCACUGCGACACCAUGACCAUCGGGCUGCAGAUGGGCAGCAACAAGGGCGCGUCCCAGCAGGGCAUGACGGUCUACGGGCUCCCGCGCCAGGUCUACGACCCCAAAUACUGCGGGGGCCCCGAGCUGCUGGGCCACGACGGCUACGACGGCCACCUCUACAACUCCCAGUAGCCGCCGGCCUCCCCCCGCGGCCGCUUGCACCCCGACACCGCUCGUCACCGGCCUCACCGCGCCCCGCCGAGCCGGCACCGGGGCCGGCACCGGGGCUGGACCGGCGCCGGGGGGGAACCGGCACCGGGAGCAGCACCGGGGCCGCAGCUUGGGAUUGGUCCUGGGGGGGAUCAGCCCCUGGGAUCGGCCCCGGGUUGGGGACAGUGCUGGGAUUGUCCCCAAGGUGGGGACAGUGCUGGGAUUGGCCCCGGGAUUGUCCCCAGGGGUAGGGACAGUGCUGGGAUUGUCCCCAAGGUGGGGACAGUGCUGGGAUUGGCCCCGGGAUUGUCCCCAGGGGUAGGGACAGUGCUGGGAUUGUCCCCAAGGUGGGGACAGUGCUGGGAUUGGCCCCGGGAUUGUCCCCAGGGGUAGGGACAGUGCUGGGAUUGUCCCCAAGGUGGGGACAGUGCUGGGAUUGGCCCCGGGAUUGUCCCCAUGGUGGGGACAGUGCUGGGACAGCCCCAGGAUCGGCCCCGGGGGGUUCGGCCCCUGCCACGUGUGAAGCCACCGAGGCACAAUAAAAGCCACACGCAAAGGUGA